AUGCACCGGAAUUUUUGCGCGGGUAUCAACGAAAUGUCCGGUGUAGCUCAUCCAUACAAUUCCAUAUUAGAAUUUCAUAUUACAGUACCUGGGUACAGCUGGAACAACUUUGCGGGCAAACGCGCAUAG